AUGGCCACCGUUCCAGUGCCUUCUAACAUCCCUCCUAAUCCCACGGUUUACGUUCGCAAUCUCGAAGAGCGCAUCAAACUCGACCAGCUGAAAGAAGCGCUCUCUGAAAUCUUCUCCGAGUACGGAACGAUCCUUGAAAUUGUCGCAAAGCGGAACCUUAAGGCGAAGGGACAGGCAUUUAUUGUCUUCGACAAUGUGGACAGCGCAACACGCGCCAUUGACGAAGUCAAUGGCUUCGAUCUUUUUGAUAAACCCAUGGUCUUAGACUACGCAAAGACGAGGAGCGAUGCGACGGUGCGUCGUGAGGGGGGCGAUGAGGAGCUAGAGGCUCAUAAGCGGAGAAGGCUGGCGGAGAAGGAACGACGACAAGCCCAUGAAGCUCUCGAAGCACAGAAGAAACUCAAGCGUCCUCCUGUUGGCGCCCCCGAAGCACCCGGACGCCCCGUCAAGGCUGCCAAGGGCGCUGGUCUCAAGCCUACUUCUGGCGCUGCGGCAGCCGUCAUCCCGGACGAAUAUCUACCUCCCAAUAAGAUUCUAUUCCUGCGGGAGCUCCCCGAUACAGCGGACCAGGGAAGUCUUACUGCUGUCUUUGGGCGGUUCGAGGGGUUCCGUGAGGUGCGGCUGGUGCCAGGGAGGAAGGGGAUUGCAUUCGUCGAAUACGAGAACGAGUCGGGCGCAAUCAGUGCGAAAGAAGCUACGAGUGGAAUGCCCAUGGGGCCGGAGGGGAAGCCGAUUCGGGUUACGUAUCAGAGGCAAUGA